ACUAAGGCUGGUUGGCCGAAUCUUUGCUAGUCGUGCGAGGUAGCAGCUGCAGUCAGCUAACUGACCGAUCAAACCUGAAAAAUAAACAAGUUUCUGGUUAGCUUAGCGUAAGGUUAGCAGCGUAAAGUUGUGUUGGAAGUGCUCAGGCAGGUCAGACGGGCUAAGAUAGAUAGUAACACCACAGUUUGUCCUUUUUUUUCGUAUCAGCAACAGAAUUACAUAAAAUGAUCGGAGCUGAAACAUUCACAGCGUCGCUCUUAUUUAUACAGAAUAUGACCACCUGCGGUCUGUAGGGGCGGUGACAUCACCACAAUGCACAAAUACUGGCGUAGGGAGGCGCUGCCUGUUCAGCAGCUAUAAGGGUGAGGAGCUGUGGAAGUUUGGGCUGAUCCAGCAUCAGAUUAAUGGAGAAGAAUGGCUCGCAUUUCUUUGGACUCUCCCAACUCUUUACCAGGGAUCCCCCUCAGUGUGCUGUCAGUGCCCAUGGAAAAUAAAUACAAAUGUCAGCAGUGUCUCCAGGUCCUGAGGAAGCCUGUUCAGGCUCAGUGUGGCCACCGCUUCUGUGUCCACUGCUUCAAGCAGCUCACCAGCACUGGGCCAAAGCCUUGUGAAGCCUGUCAACAAGAGGAGAUAUAUGAGGAGCCCAUGUCUAUUUUAAACAGUAAUGAGGCAUUUCCAGAUAAUGCUGCUGGUCGAGAAAUAGCGAGUCUGCCUGCCAGGUGUUUGAACCAGGGUUGCAGCUGGACUGGAUCUAUAAAAGAAUAUGAGACUCAGCAUGAAGGUCGCUGUGAGUUGGAGCGGGUGCAGUGCGAGGCCUGCCAAGCCUCCAUCCUCCUCAAGGACAAGGACAGACACAACGAGCGAGAAUGUGAGGAAAGAACGCUCAACUGCAAAUACUGCAAACUGACGUUCAACUUUAAAGAAAUUAAGGCCCACGAUGAGAUCUGUGUGAAGUUUCCUUUACAAUGCAAAGACUGCGGUAAAAAGAAGAUCCCAAGAGAAAAGUUCAGUGACCACAUCAAGUCCUGCCCCAAGUCAAAGAGCGCCUGUCUGUUCAGUGAAGUGGGCUGCAAGUCUGUGAUUGAGAACGGGAAGAUCAGCGAACAUGAGCACAGCAGCACCAUGGAGCACUUGCGUCUGCUGCUGCCUAUGGUUCUGUCCAUGACCCGUUCUCGCUCCGAGGCCUCCAGCGCCGGAGAGUGGCAGGAGGACUCGGGUUUGGGUCUGUACAGAGCUCCCGACGAGGGAAGUGGGGCUGCAGCCUCCACAAGCUCCAACGACCUGGACAAAAAAGUGAGCGCUUUAGAGAACAUUGUGUGCGUCCUGAAUCGAGAGGUGGAGCGCAACUCUGUCACCCUGGAGGCCUUCGCUCACCAGCAUCGUCUGGACCAGGAGAAGAUGGAGAACCUGUCGAACCGAGUGCGGCAGCUGGAGCGGACGGUCACGAUGAGAGACCUGCAGCUGUCCGAGACCGAGCAGCUGCUGCGAGAGCUGCAGCACUGCACCUACGACGGCGUGUUUGUCUGGAAGAUCACAGAGUUCUCACGCCGCAGGCAGGACGCCGUGGCCGGUCGAGCCCCCGCGAUGUUCUCACCGGCGUUUUACUCCAGCAAGUACGGCUACAAGAUGUGUCUCAGGCUGUAUCUGAAUGGCGACGGGACGGGUCGGGGUACGCACCUGUCGCUGUUCUUUGUGGUCAUGAAGGGCAAAUGUGACGCUCUGCUGAAAUGGCCCUUCAGUCAGAAGGUGACCCUGAUGCUCCUGGAUCAGAACAACAGGGAGCACAUUAUCGACGCCUUCCGACCAGACGUCUCCUCCACCUCCUUCCAGCGGCCGAUCAGUGAGAUGAACAUCGCCAGCGGCUGCCCUCUCUUCUGCCCGCUGCCUAAACUGGCAGGAAAGGGCCCCUAUUUAAGAGAUGACACCAUCUUCAUCAAAGCUAUUGUAGACCUCACAGGCUUAUAGAGUGUAAACUGUGGAAGUUGCACUAAAACUUUGAAACCUUCAAUGAAGAAAAAAAUAUUAUAUAGAUUUAUGCAUAUGAAUAAGCAAGGAUAAGACUUCUAUAACAAUAAACUAGUUUAAUAAAUAAUAAAUAUGACUAUAUUAAUAUAUACUCUAGUAAUAUUAUAAUAAACCAUUUUGGUUUGCAGCUGUAUGUGACUCCUGUGGAAACUGAGAUAAAACAUACAUAUAAUUUAUUAUGAAAUAUCUUCAUAUACAAUUUAUUAUAUUUAUAAGACACCUAACUGUGCUUUAUGUUAAUUUGUUUUUCAUCUGUGUAAAAACAAAGCAAAGAGCAAGUGCUUUACUUUUUCAUAAUGCUAUGAGUUUUAUGUAGUUUUAAUGAUUUUGCUGAACGAAGCUACCACAAAUCAAAUAACCUAUAACUUCUUGAAAUGUUCCCAUAGUGAGUUUAUCUGCUGCACAUUCACUGCCUUAUUAAAUAAAUACUUCAUUAUCAAGAGUUGGGUUAACAUGUCAGGAAAAACAAUACCUCAAGUUAAAACAGAAAAGGUGUAUACUCAUAAACAUCUAAACUAUCCUGUAAAAGAUUACUGCACUAACAAAAAAAAGUUUUUUUUUUUUCAGUUUAGACAGUCUCAAAAUAAAACUAUUAAAUUAUAUUAUUGUUUUCAUUACCAUUCAAUGUAUAUUAUAUAUUUACUUCCAUGUAAUAGCUUUAUACUUUAAACUGAAUACACAAAACGUCACAAAUAAGUACUGGUUGUAUCAGUAAAAUGAGGUCACAACUUAACCUAGAAAUGCGUCAUUGUUAGUUUUUUCAGAUUCUAUGUCUUUAUUAUCAGUUUCUGCUAUUUAAAUAAAACAUUUUGUUGAUUUUUA